AUGUCUUUGUUUGCGCAGCUCUACGCGGCGAAAUGGCUGCUCGUAGCGGUCAUUCUUGUGGCCUACGCUGUAGCGACCUUCGUUCGCUACCGGCGCCUUCGAGCCUUCCCUGGUCCGAUCAGCUCGGGAUGGUGUGAACUGCUGCAUAUGCGCGCGAUACUGAGUCGACAUUCGCAUCUCUGGUACAAAGCCGUCGGAGAUGAAUAUGGGCCCCUCGCGCGCAUCGGCCCCAACGACCUUAUUACGUCGUCGCCAGAUCUGCUGGCCCAUAUGAACGCAGUGCGCUCGCCGUACACUCGCACAGCAUGGUACAACAAAGCCGUGCGGAUGGAGGUUGGCAAGGACCAUGUUUUUAGCCAACUCGACGAGGCUCAGCACACGAAGCGGCGCCAACAGAUGGCGUCUGGGUACUCAGGCAAAGAGAAUCUGUCCCUGGAAUCUGACAUGGACGAACAUAUACACCAGCUUCUGGACCUGAUCAGAUCGAAGUAUCUUUCGACUGCCACGCGGCACGAGCCCGUAGACCUCGCCAGUAAGAUUCAGUAUCUUACUCUCGACGUGAUCAGCAAAAUCGGCUUCGGUAAAGCGUUUGGGGACAUCAAAGCCGAUGCUGACCUCGACGAUUAUAUAAGCGCUGGUCGAGUCGGGUUGGCAAUUAUGGUCUUCACCGGGGCCCUUGGACUGACACCUUAUCUCCAUUGGCCACCCAUCGCGCGCAUGCUCGGGCCCUCAGACAAGGACAAGAGUGGUUAUGGAAAGAUGAGAACGGUAGCUCGGGAACUCAUCGAUUCGCGUCUAGAGAAGCCCACCAAUAGUCGCUCGGACAUGCUUUCGUCGUUCAUACGCCAUGGAUUGACACGCGACGAUAUCGUGACUGAAUCGAUGCUCACGAUUCUAGCAGGGUCUGACACGACUGCGACUGCUAUACGUGGGACGAUGCUCUAUCUGAUGACCAGCCAUAGGGCGUACAAAAAGCUGCAGGCCGAGAUUGACACUGCCGUUACUUCAGGUCAUGCUGCUAGCUCGACCGGUAUCGUGUCUGACGAGACGAUGAAGAGCCUGCCAUACCUACAAGCCGUAAUGCGUGAAGGGCUUCGAAUUCAUCCACCUGUCACUGAUAUCGCUCCGAAGAAGGUACCCGUCGAAGGCGACACUGUCACAGUCAACGGAAAAGCGUAUUUCCUUCCUGGUGGUACCAACAUUGGGUAUAACGUAAUGGGUCUUAAUCGGAACAAGGAGAUAUUUGGUGAAGAUGUCGACUGCUUCAGACCGGAACGUUGGCUACUCGAUGAGCACAACGAGAUCCAGCUUGAGCGCUUGAACGCUAUGCGCCGUACUACAGACAUGAUCUUCGGGUAUGGCAAGUACCAGUGUCUCGGGAAGCCUAUAGCAUGGUUGGAGAUGAGGAAGGUCAUCUUCGAGGUUCGUGGUUCCAGACUUUCGUGCCGAGUCCUUAUGCUGACUUGCGUCUAG